AUGUCACUCUGUUCUGAACUAAAGCUUUCCUUAGUGAUUAUUCUUACGAGAGGCAGCUUGCUUGCCUCCGAUGUCAUUGUCCUAGCCCUGACGUGGGUCAGGUCAUACAAGCAAUUCCAACAGACGCGACGACUAAGGCUCGGUCCGUCCAUUGUAACUGUGCUGCUCCGUGAUGGCACUAUUUACUUCGUUGCACUCCUUGGCGUGAAUAUCUAUCAGCUUCUGACCUUCCAGAGCAGCUCCACAAAUGGGCUGUAUGCAGAGAGCUUUAUCGAAUCAAUGCCCCCGGUGCUCGUUCAGCGCUUCAUGCUGAACCUCCGUCAGCUCAGCCAUGCCAGCGAUGAGAUUAGCUCAGGAAAUGAGCAUUCCUCCAGCCGCUCAGUGAAUUUUAGGCUGCCCUCCGAUUUCCUCGGUAAUAUUGGAGAGUCUCUGGACCACGGCCAGGCGGAGCGCGUGCAAAAAUAUGACGGCGACGACGACGACGACGACGACGACGACAGCAACUCAGAUGUGGCGGGAGAACGAGCGGUGGGGCUCGAAGAAGGUUCUCUGCAGCUGGAGGGCUCAUCUCUCGCGCGUCGGAACGAGCAGAUCGGAGUGAGCCUUGUUCCAGCAUCACAUUCUAUUGAAGGCACAAGUGAAGGGAAGGAAAUUGAAUUGUGAGCCGGCCGGGCUCUAGGAGUCAUUUGAUCAGGUGCUCAUUCAGCCAUAUUCUGCCCGGUAAGUUCACUAAGAGAGUUUCUGCAGAUACC